CCAGGCCACACCCGAUGCCCCAGGCAUUCACGAAUUGCACUGUCGCAUGCACACGUUUGUGAUGAUGUUCAUAGACGCCGCCAGUUUUGUCGACGCCACAGACGAAAGGUGGCGCUUCUACAUGCUCUUUAAAACACAGACAUCCUCCGAUGGCACAACCAGUUACGAAUUCGCGGGAUUCUCGACGCUCUACAACUUCUACGCCUACCCCCACCACAUCCGCCCACGUACCAGCCAGUUCCUGCUGUUGCCGUCAUUUCAGCGUCAGGGCCAUGGAGGUGUGUAUUGA